AGUUACGUUUUUUAAUAAACAACGAUAAUAUGUUUUGUAUUACAACGUUACUCUGAUUGCAUGAUUUUGACGUUAUACGUUAUAUGCAUAUCGCCGUUUUGAACAUGGCCGCGGUGGAGUGUGAGUCGAAAGACGAGGCAAGUCCAGCGGACUUGUCACAAACGCCGGUAUUUUCGGAAGAAACGGUUAAAAAAUUCGAAGAACAUGAAACGUCAGGUGUACCGCUAAAAUCUUCAUGGACAUUUUGGUUGGGAAGAGCUAUUUCUGCAACAACUGUUGAAGAAUAUAAACAAAAUUUAUUGAAGAUUUAUACUGUCAACACUAUACAAGGAUUUUGGGCUGUCUUUAACAAUAUACCUAGUGUUAGCGCUAUACAGGUCAGAUAUAAUUACCAUUUGAUGAGAGAUGAAAGAUACCCAUUAUGGGAGGAACCUGUCAAUCAAAACGGUGGGACCUGGAGAUUAAAGUGCCACAAAUCUGAUACUGAAAAAAUCUGGAAAGAGGUGGUGCUUGCUGCUAUUGGAGAACAGUUUGGUGAAUGUGUAGCUGAAGGAGAUGAGAUUUGUGGAGUAACUGCAUCUAUAAGGGACAGAGAAGAUGUUGUUCAUAUCUGGAAUACAAAUGCUGCUUUGGCAUCAAAGGCAACAAUUUUAGAAAAAAUUCAUUCUCUCUUGCCUAAUGUGAACUGCACAAAAUUUUACAAACCACACCAAUCUCAUCAUGCCUAUGGUCGCAGUUAAACACUUUUAAAAUAUUAAUUACCUACCAAAAAUAAAGUGUAGGAAAACUA